CCAAGACUAUGCUUCACUGACAACUGUCUUCAUCCUUUCAUACCCAUCAAAUAGAACUCGUGAAAUUAUUUUGUUCAUUUAGAAAAAACGCUCAAGCAUGGGUUUAAUUUCCCGUAAGAUGUGUGUGUUUAUCUUUGUAUUCGCCCUUGUGGCCGAGUUUGCAUUCGGAAAUGUCGAGGUUAAUGACGACAAACACUUUUUUCACAAGCCUCGUCCAUACUUCCACAAACCUCGUCCUUACUUCCACAAGCAUGGCAUUUACAAGAAGGGUUUUAGAAAGGGUUUGGGCGGCGGUGGCGGUCUUGGAGGAGGUGGCGGUCUAGGCGGUGGCGGUGGUUUGGGCGGAGGAGGCGGUCUAGGUGGAGGUGGCGGCCUAGGAGGCGGUGGUGGUUUGGGCGGAGGAGGCAGUCUAGGCCACGGUGGCGGUUUGGGUGGAGGAGGCGGUCUAGGACAUGGUGGUGGUUUGGGCGGAGGUGGAGGUCUAGGAGGCGGUGGAGGUCUAGGUGGCGGUGGUGGUGUGGGGGGAGGAGCUGGAGGAGGAUACGGUGGCGGUGCUGGAGGAGGACUUGGAGGCGGUGGAGGUGCUGGAGGAGGAGGAGGAUUUGGUGGCGGAGGAGGAUAUGGAGGCGGAGGAGGAUUCGGCGGUGGAGCUGGUGGUGGAUUUGGUAAAGGCAUUGGUGGUGGAGGAGGUUUGGGAGGCGGUGGCCAUCACUGACGAGUGAAACAGAGAGAUUAAUUAUUAAUACGGUUAUUCGUACGUUGUUGUUACGUAAUUAAAUGAAACAGAGAGAUUAAUUAUUACAAUAAAAUGAUAAUUAGCAAUUGUGUAUGCCACUUCUGUUUUGUUUUGGUAUUGUAUGCUAUUUUUUCAUGUUAUGCUUUGGUUGGUUUCAAGUUUGGUUAUUAAAAUGGUCGAUUUGUGUGUCUUUUGUCAACAGGUACUGAGUGGUUGUUUCCAAACUAUUAUAUGUUUACCUUUGUAUUAAUGACGAGAUUCAUCUUAUAAACUGUCAAUUUUUAAA